AAGAAGCCGGCAUUGUGAAUCGAUUUAGCCCGACUGCUCGAACAAGAAGGUCUUCAACCGCACUGCAGCGAAAGAACGGGCAAUCUGAUGAUCAUCUGCGGCCGGCAAAUUCGACCGCUCGCAGUGCCCUCUGUUUCUUCCCCGGAUUAGGUAAGCAUCACAUGAAGAAGCGGCCGCCUGCCACCCCCUCCAGCAUGACGUCUGGGACGAGGAACGGACCCUGUGAUUGAACUCCCCUUUUUAGGAGGCGGGUUGUAUCCUUGCUGCCUUCACUCAAUGAUGAGAUAAUACUCUUGACUCGACGCGCUAUGAGCUACGAUAAUCCGCAUUCACAUUGAGUCUCUCUUUCUAUCUUCUGUUCAUUCUCCCUACAGUGCGGUGAAACUUGGCUGCGAUCAUGGCGCGCGUACCGGUUAUCGGGAGGCUGUUUUGGUUUGAGUAUCUGGCGCUGUUUGGGUCGCUGAUCUUGGUGUUGUUGGAAUGGGUGAUACAUAUCAUCACUUUCUGUCUGCCUGAACCUGUCAUUCGGUUCUGCUACGAUCGUUCAAAGACAAUCUUCAACCUCCUGAUCCCUCCCGGGGAGGACCUUGACAAACGCGAGAAUGAGGAGAAGGUCGCUGCGGCCGUGGCGCAGGCGUCCGACUUCACAGACAUUUGCGCUCUGUUUGGAUACCAGGCGGAGGAGCACAUCGUUCAGACUGGAGACGGCUACUUGCUCGGCCUCCACCGUCUCUCCUCUCGCAAGGGCGAGGAAGGCAAACGGAUCAACCAGGGCGAAGGGAGCAUCAAGAAGAAGGUUGUCUACCUUCACCAUGGGUUGAUGAUGUGUAGUGAGGUUUGGGUCUGCCUGUCGGAGGAACAGCGAUGCCUGCCCUUUCAAUUGGUAGAGCGCGGCUACGAUGUGUGGCUUGGGAAUAAUCGCGGCAACAAGUACUCCAAGAAGUCUGUCAAGCACUCUCCGUUGACGAACGAGUUCUGGGAUUUCUCCAUCGACCAAUUCUCCUUUCAUGAUAUCCCCGACAGCAUCCGAUACAUUCUCGACGUGACGGAGCAACCCUCCUUAUCAUAUGUUGGUUUCUCUCAAGGCACAGCGCAGGCUUUUGCGACUCUCUCCAUCCAUCCGCUCCUGAAUCAGAAGAUUGAUGUCUUCGUGGCUCUCGCACCCGCGAUGGCCCCAACGGGCCUGCCGAACCACGUAGUGGACUCGUUGAUGAAGGCCUCGCCUAACUUCCUGUUCCUUCUGUUUGGCAGACGCAGCAUCCUCAGCUCCACCACUAUGUGGCAGACCAUUCUUUACCCCCCAAUCUUUGUUUGGAUCAUUGACACGUCACUUCGCGGCCUCUUCAACUGGAGAUGCAAGAAUAUUAGUCGCUGGCAAAAACUCGCGGGGUACCUGCACUUGUUUUCUUUUACAAGCACCAAGUCGGUCGUGCACUGGUUCCAGAUUAUCCGACACCGGAACUUCCAGUUCUACGAUGACGAGAUCCACGCUCCGCUGAGCAUUGUGGCGAGCGAGCGCUUCUACAAGCCGGUCAAGUACCCGACCAAGAACAUCAAAACCCCCAUCGUCCUGCUGUACGGCGGAAGUGACAGCCUGGUCGACAUCAACGUCAUGCUAUCCGAACUACCCAGCGGGACCGUGGCCAAGGAGAUCCCGGAGUACGAGCAUCUGGACUUCCUGUGGGCCCAUGAUGUGAACCGGCGAGUCUUCAGUCAUGUGUUUGACGCGCUGGACAAGUACAGCCGCAAGGGGAAGGAUCAGGUCAAUGGUGUCAAGGAGGUGGUAGGAUUCGCCUACUAAGGUUUUGUGAUAUGCCUAUUCCAGUGCAGCUUUGACUCGACCCAGCAGGGUCACAUUUAGAGGGAGGGGCGCGCAUGUAUGUACAUAUAACCUAGGGUACAGGCUUGACAGCUCGAUG